UGAUCCUCUCACAGACUGAAUAUCAGUGUCUCUCAAACAGACAGUCUGUCUGUCUGUCAGUCCUGCUCUCUGUGUGUUCACCUGUCUAUCUCUCUGUCUGUCUGUCUAUCUCUCUGUAUCAGGAUAUUAUAGUGUGUGUGUGUUCUCUAAUCACUGCUCCUGAACUGUAUCUCAGACAACUAACAGUAAUUAAUGGUUUAUGUAUAGUUCACUAUUGCACCACUACACGUAACCAUGGCAACAAUCUGAAGAGUUCUUCCCCUCCACCUUAUCAAGAUCUUUUCUAUUAUUGUCAGGAAUCUGAUUUAUAGAAUUAUAUCUGUGGAUAAAUUUGGACUUUAGAUAUUCUACUAGAGAAAUUAGAGUACAUAAAAAGAUCAGACAUGUAAACACUAUUUUGACUUACAGGGUGCCAGUCCAUCGCAGGGCACACAGUCACACACACAUUCACGCCAAUCAGCCUACUAUGCAUACUAGGCGGUGUGGCUUAGUGGUUAGCGAACGUGCUAAGCACUAAGCCACCGUGCGCCCAUACACACAGUAUAUUAGCUGGUAAUAUUUAACUAGAAUAAGACUAGACGGUGGAUUUAUGCACGGUGGCUUAGUGGUUAGCAUGUUCGCCUCACACCUCCAGAGUUGGGGGUUCGAUUCCCACCGUGGCCCUGUGUGUGUGUGGAGUUUGCAUGUUCUCCCCGUGCUGCAGGGGUUUCCUCCGGGCACUCCGGUUUCCUCUCCCAGCCCAAAGUGUCUGUAGUGUGCCCUGGGAUAGGCUCCAGGCUUCCCUGUGACCCUGAAAAGGAUAAAGUGGUAUAGAAGAUGGAUGGAUGGAAGAUCAGAUGAUUGCUGUUCCUGACAUUACAGAGGCCAUAGAUGGAGCAGAUAUCCUUGUGUUCGUCGUCCCUCAUCAGUUUAUUGGAAAACUCUGUGACCAGAUGAAGCCUCACGUUAAGCCAGGAGCCAUCGGAAUUUCACUCAUUAAGGGAAUAGAUGAAGGUCCAUCAGGUUUGACGUUGAUCUCUGACAUUAUCAGAGGGAAGCUGGGGCUCGAUAUGAGUGUGUUAAUGGGAGCAAACAUUGCAAAUGAAGUUGCAGAGGAGAAAUUCUGCGAGACCACCAUCGGGGCCAUCAAUGACUACAAUGGCAAGGUGUUUAAGGAACUGAUGCAGACGCCAAACUUCCGCAUCACCGUGGUCUCAGACAGCAACACUGUGGAGCUUUGUGGAGCGCUGAAGAAUAUUGUGGCCGUGGGAGCAGGGUUCUGUGAUGGUCUGGGUUUUGGUGAUAACACUAAAGCAGCAGUGAUUCGUCUGGGUCUGAUGGAGAUGGUGUCCUUCGCUAAGAUCUUCUGCAGCAGCUCUGUCAGUUCUGCUACGUUCCUGGAGAGCUGCGGCGUCGCUGACCUCAUCACCACCUGCUAUGGAGGACGCAACCGACGUGUUGCUGAAGCUUUUGUCACCUCGGGCAAGGCUAUAGCUGUGCUGGAAGCUGAGAUGCUGAAUGGUCAGAAGCUUCAGGGGCCUCAAACGUCAGCUGAAGUGUAUAAGAUCCUUCAGAAGAAGAACAUGGUGGACAAGUUCCCCCUGUUUGUCUCCGUGUAUCAGAUUUGUUUUGAGGGCAAAGAUGUGAAAGAAUUCAUCAUCUGUCUCCAGAACCAUCCAGAGCACAUGUGAUCUUCUAGAAACAUCAAGAACACAUGAUCCGUAACGAAAUCAUGAACAGGAACCAUACACAACCAUAGAAACAUGUGACCAUCCAAAAUCCACAAAUUAUCUAGUACACAUGAUACUCUAGAACCAUAAAGAGCACAGAAUCAUCCAGUAGUGUCAUAGCCCCCAGGGGCAAUUCCACCUUGGACCAUUAGAGGGCACCCCUGUUCCCCAUGUGGAACUACUUUAUUGGGUUAACACAGGGAACAGGCUCAAGGACACAGACAUUACGGACAAACACGGGCAGAAGACACAUUAGGAACCACAAAUAUCAGAACUUAAUAAACUAGAAAAUAAACACUAAGAAAAAUGCUAAACAAUCAAAAACAUAGUGCCAAUAACACAAACAUAACAAACACAAGAAAACCAGAACCUCAAACAUAACCUGACAUGAGUUACUGCUCCAGGAACUAAGGAAGAACCACAUGGAACCUAAAUAGAGCGCUAACCAAUCAGGGAAAUAAGUAACACAUGAGUAAGGUUACACAGAAAAUGGAGGGAGACAACAGAGGAAAAAGUACUACAUGGGGAACAGAGGUGCCAUCUAAUGGUCCAAGGUGGAAUAGCCCCUGGGGGCCAUGACCGAGUAGCUCUUCCGGAACCUUCCAGAUAAUGUGCCCUUUCUAGAACCUUCCCAAUAAUGUGUCCUUUCUAGAACCAUCCAGAUCAUGUGCCCUUUCUAGAACCAUAAAGAUAAUGUGCCCUUUCUAGAACAUCCAGAUAAUGAGCCCUUUAUAGAACCA